AUGUCGCUUGCAUACAACUUUUCGGGAAAGGUAGCCCUGGUGACCGGGUCGAGUUCAGGUAUAGGUGCGGCCACUGCCAUACUGUUUGCUAAAUCGGGUGCCAAUGUUGUGGUGACGGGACGUAAUGCCACAAAAGUGUCAGAAGUGGCCAAACAGUGUCUCAAUCACUGGAAGUGGUGGCAGACGUUAACCAAUGUUGUGGUGACGGGACGUAAUGCCACAAAAGUGUCAGAAGUGGCCAAACAGUGUCUCAAUGUGUCUCCGAAAGGAUUGAAAGCACUGGAAGUGGUGGCAGACGUUACCAGAGAUGAAGAUCUCAUAAGGCUUGUGGACACAACUGUCCAAACAUUUGGCAAAAUAGAUAUUCUCGUGAAUAACGCGGGAAUCGCUAUUCCGGUCGGUAUUGGAGACAAGAAUUACGUGAAUAUCUAUCGUCAGAAUCUUCAGACAAACUUGGAUUCUGUGGUAUUUCUGACACAUAUUUGUGUCAAACAUUUGGAGAAAACUAAAGGAAAUAUUGUCAACAUUUCGAGCGUCCGAAGCACUCAAACCAGACACGACUUAUCAGCCUAUUGUAUGUCAAAGUCAGCGCUGGAUAUGUUCACCAAAUGUAUUGCCGUAGAGUUGGGACACAAAGGCAUUCGUGUUAAUAGUGUUAACCCUGGUGCUGUCAAAACAAACUUUGCGAGUAACUCAGGUGUAACUAAGAGUGAGUCGGAUAAGUGGUAUGAAAACUAUGGAAAGCUAUACCCCGUGGGACGGGUGGGAGAAGGGGAUGACAUCGCAAACGCUGUGCUAUAUUUGGCAUCAAAUGAGAGUUCAUUCAUAACGGGAAGUGUUUUGGUGGCCGAUGGCGGACAUCUCGCCGCUAAUAUUAAUAUCACUCAACAUUAG